UCACGCACCGUCGCGACUACACGUUAUUACGGCUGCUCGACGCCGGUGCACGCGCGUGUUUUGAAUAGUGCACGAUACUCCGACCGGUUCCCGUAGUCGAUGAGCGCGACCAGUGACACCUCUAGUGCUUUGUGACUUAGUGAAACUCAGUGCUCAUGUGCGAGUGAUGGAUUACUCUGCCGUCGUUUGUUGACGGACCCAGGAUCCCGUAUAUGCCCAGGCGCCGGUAGAGGACGCGCCAAUAUGCGCGCCCCCACGGUGCUCUUCGCCCUGCUAGGGUUUCUACCCCAGGUGCUGUCAUCUGGUUCCUUCGAACUUAGGAUAAAAAGUUUUACGAACUCAUUGGGUAGGUUAAGUAGUGGCCAGUGCUGUGAUGGUUCCUCAAAUAGUGACGCGCCUUGUUUGGCGCCGUGCAGGACUAAAUUUCGCGUGUGUCUCAAGAUUUAUCAAGCAAGUAUCGAUACAACAUCACCGUGUACGUUCGGUGACAUAACAACACCCGUCUUGGGUGGAAACUCAUUGGAUGUGCCCAACCUCAACGUGCAAGGAUUCACCAACCCCAUUGUCUUUCCCUUCGACUUCACGUGGCCGGGCACCUUCUCGCUCAUAGUGGAAGCGUGGCACGACACGAACGAGACGUCAAGAUCUGAUGACACACUCAUCGCGCGGAUGACGAAGCAGAGCAUAGCUGACGUGGGAGGGCCUUGGAUUGAGGAGGAGCAGCGAUGGGGUGGUGUCGGCGGCGCGCACUUGAGGCUUUCGUACCGCGUGACGUGCGCGGCGCACUACUACGGUCCCGGCUGUGAGGUGCUCUGCCGGCCCCGGGACGACGGCUUCGGCCAUUACACCUGCUCGUCGACUGGCGAGAUCGUCUGCAAGCACGGCUGGACGGGAGACUACUGCUCCAAACCGAGAUGCCUGCCCGGCUGCGACGCGGAGCACGGCCACUGCCUCAAGCCCGACGAAUGCAUUUGUCAUUCGGGCUGGGUGGGCGAGUUCUGUGACCAGUGCGAGCGGCAUCCCGGCUGCGUGCACGGGACGUGCUCUAAGCCUUGGGACUGCAUCUGUGAGGAAGGCUGGGGCGGGCUCUUUUGCAAUCAAGACCUCAAUUACUGCACGAACCACCACCCCUGCAGGAACGGUGGGACGUGCCACAACACCGGGCAAGGCAGCUACACCUGCGUCUGUCCGCCUGAGUACACCGGCCCAGAUUGCGAGAAGUCCUUACAUUCCUGCGCGGUGCGAUCUUGCCUGAACGGUGGAGCCUGCGUGCCCGAUGAAGGCGGGGAACUGUCCUGCGCCUGCCCAUCCGGUUACGAAGGAGCGAGAUGUGAAACUCGAAGACUGACUUGCGCCGACCAACCUUGCCGAAACGGUGGCACGUGCGAACUGCGACCUUCCGGAUACGUGUGUCAAUGCCCUGCGGGCUACACCGGCCUAGAUUGUGGAGUAGAAGCUGAUCCUUGCGCUGCUAAUCCUUGUCGAAACGGAGCAACUUGCACGAGAGCGGGAGACGGUUUUCGGUGCGCUUGUAAACCUGGAUACAGAGGCAACAGAUGCGAAAUCGAUAUUGACGACUGCACGGGCAUAGUUUGCGAACACGGAGGGACCUGCGUUGAUUUGGUGAACGGACAGAGGUGUCAGUGCGCUCCCGGUUUUCUCGGCCCCAGAUGCGAAACUAGAGUGGAUUUCUGUCUCGCGAAACCGUGCGCGAACGGCGGCGAAUGUCAAGUCCUCGACAACGACUAUGAAUGCCGAUGCCGGCCUGGGUUCGCGGGAAAAGAUUGCAGCAUAGACAUCGACGAGUGCGCUUCCUCCCCUUGUCGAAACGGUGGCACCUGUCGAGACAGAGUCGACGGCUACCACUGCAACUGCCCUCCCGGCUGGGGCGGGAAAUCGUGCACCGUUUCCUUAGCGGACUUCGCGGCGAAACCGGCCGGCGGACACUUGAGAAGAGUAGGAGACGAAACAUUAGAAGGGGAAACGCUUUCGGGCAGCCACGUGGCGUUAAUAGCUGCGCUGUCUGCCGCCGUGCCGGCCAUCGCAUUAGCCGCGGCGAUCGCGGUCGCGUGCAUCAGGAGGCGGAGAAAACGCGCACAAAACGCAGCCGACGCUGAAGCGCGGGCCCAGAACGCGGCCAACGCCGGCGGCGGCGGCAGAGUUAUCAGAAACACGUGGGGCAAGUGCGAGGGGCCGGUGCCCGAGUGCCAGAACGCGCACAACGCCGCCGCGGAGGAGUGCAAGAGAAAAACGCUCAACACGGAGAGCGCGGCGCGCCUGCUGGCCGCGCUCGACCCGCGGCUGUCGCGGCUCUCCGCAGACUCCGCGUAUUGCGCUAAUAGCGAUACGUCGCUAGUGAAGCGAGCGCUAGAAGGCGGGGGGGUGUACGUGUUAGACGACCACUGCCUGCCGCCGACGUUCGCGACGCAAGUGUAGUGCUAACUUACAAUCGAUGGACAUUAACUUAUUUAUUCAAAUCGGACGCUCGUGCGAUCAAGGCUGUGCGCCGCGUGUACAUAUAGCGUUAAAUGUAAAAUGACCCCUGUAUAAACGGCUAGUUUUAAGUGUUCGGAUGUAUUUAUUUGAAUGCGAUCUACCCGCUCUGUAAAUAGUAACGGCGGAGUGGUCGCGUUUGUUUUCCCGCCCCGGUCGGCGAGCGUGCCCCGC